AUGACACAGUCAAGUUAUAAUAUUAAGGAUGUGUAUAGUGUAUUUAAUGAGAUCGAUGACGCUGUUGGUGCACAGAACGGUGGAAAUGUUGAAUAUAUUAAACCGCCAAUAAUAGAAUAUUGUCCUUACAAUACUACCAUGUAUAGUAAUUAUUGUAAUAAUUAUUUUCAAAAGGCUAGUUACGGUGUUAUUCAUUUCCUAAAAACGUUAAAGGACAAGUUUGAUUCAAAAUAUGAUAAACUUGCCGAAUACGCUAUUUUAUUGUUAAGUUAUAAACUAAAUCAAAAUUCAGAAUAUAGUAGCAAGAAACUAAUUGAUUUAUAUACUAAACAUAUAGGAAAAGAUAAGCAUUAUAAUGAUAAAAUAAAUAAUAGUAAUAGUAUGACUUAUAAAGACAUUAUGGAUAAAAAAAAAGAUUUGAUGAAUAUGAAUAUUAAAGAAAAAUCUAAAUUUAAUGGCCUAUUUAGUAUAUUAUUUUCAUUCUAUAAUGAAAUUAAGAAAACCAAACUGGAUUGCCCAAAAGAUUCGAAUAAAGCUAUUGAAUUUGCUAAAAAAUUUGAAGAACUCAAUAAUGAUUCUAAUAUUAAUGGAAAUACUUCAUACAGGACAUUAUUGUCUACAUUAUCAGAUGAUUACAACAAUUUAAAAAAUAAAUGUACCGAUUUUCCACCUCUUCCAAUGAUAAAAACGCCACCAAGCAAAUUACUUCCAGCUUUAUCGACAUUUUCUGUAAUACCAGUUUUUUUGGGAAUUGCUUAUAAGUAUUCAUUAUUUGGGAUUGAUAAAGUAUUUCAAAGACAAUAUAUAAGAAAAAAAUUAAAAAAACUACAGAAGAAAAUGAAAAUUAAUAUAUGA